AUGAUUAAGCUUCUUAGUCUCAUUACUAAGAAAUUCAUAAGAUAUUUGCUGUGCAUCAGUGGUUUAAUAUUUUUUUGUGAAUAUGGCAUUUAUUACGUCGUCUUAUCACAAUGCAAUUGGCCUUCAGAUAGUAACAUGACAUCAGAGCAACCUGUUAAAGUUAUGUUUUUAGCUGACACACAUUUACUUGGUACAAGGAAAGGACAUUGGCUUGAUAAAAUGAUACGAGAAUGGGAAAUGGGAUGUGCUUUUCAAACUGCUAUCAAAUUACAUAAACCAGAACUUAUUUUUAUUUUAGGUGAUUUAUUUGAUGAAGGAUUAUGGAGUAGUGAAAAAGAUUUCAACUCGUAUGUUGAAACAUUUAAUUAUUUGUUUUCAGUACCAUCAGAUAUACAGUUAUAUACUAUUGUUGGUAAUCAUGACAUCGGAUUCCAUUAUAGCAUAACACCAUAUCUUGAAAAAAGAUUUAAUAAAGUGUUUAAUACUGGUCCAGUAGAAUUGAUCAGUAGACGUAAUGUUCAUUUUGUGACAAUUAAUAGUAUGGCAAUGGAAAUGGAUGGAUGUUUUUUAUGUCAUACUGCUAAAUUAAAACUAAACAUAAUUUCUAAGCGGUUAAAAUGCAGCCAAAAUGAAAAUAAUUGUUCAAAAAAAAUGAUGCUAGAUGGAAAUUAUAGUAAACCCAUACUAUUACAACAUUUUCCUUUAUACAGGAAAAAUGAUAUGGCCUGCAAUGAACCGGAUUCAGCCUCAUUAAAAGAAAAAGAAAAACCGUAUCGUGUGGGCUUGGAUUGUCUACGCAAAGAUGCAACCGAUAAGUUGUUGAAAAUAGUGCAGCCUCGUUUAGUUUUUGGCGGUCAUACUCAUCACGGUUGCCACAUUGAACAUACAAAUGGAGUUCAUGAAUACAGCAUAUCUUCAUUUAAUUGGAGAAAUAAAUAUAAUCCAAGUUAUAUGCUUGCAUUAUUUACUAUGGAUAAUUAUUCUGUUGAAACCUGUCAUAUGCCUCUAGAACAUACAAUUGUAUUUAUUUACUUAACAUCUAUUAUAAUAUUUUUAUUUUUAAAAUAUUAA